GUGAAACGGGUAUCUAAUUUGGCUCCCACUUUAAGACCCUCUAAUACAUGGGUUGCAGCAAAUUGAGGGGUGAAAACAUCAAAAUUGGGUUUUCACCUUCCGGGUUGCAAUCAGACUAAUAGGGACUCGGCCCAUUUGGCGUUCUUAAGGCAUCACGUCAACCGCGAACUCGCAAGACAACCACGCUCACACGCCAUAUAGACCCGUAUAUAAACUCUAGAAACCUUAUCAUCCGCAGAUCUGAUCUCGCCUAGGGUUUGCUCUGUUCUUCUCUCUUUGUAUCCCACUCGCACAAGUAAUCGAAUUAGGGUUGGAGGUUUCGUAGCUCGAAGCCACCAUGCCGAAGAACAAGGGAAAGGGAGGUAAGAACAGGAAGAGAGGCAAGAACGAGGCCGACGACGAGAAAAGAGAGCUCGUAUUCAAAGAGGACGGUCAGGAGUACGCGCAGGUCUCUCGUAUGCUGGGUAAUGGCCGCUGUGAGGCCAUGUGCAUCGACGGGCAAAAGCGUCUCUGCCACAUCCGCGGCAAGAUGCACAAGAAAGUCUGGAUCGCCGCCGGUGACAUCAUCCUCGUCGGUCUUCGUGACUAUCAGGAUGACAAGGCUGAUGUGAUUCUCAAGUAUAUGCCGGACGAGGCGAGGUUGCUAAAAGCGUAUGGAGAGUUGCCCGAAAACACUAGGCUGAGUGAAGGUGUUACCAAUUUGGAAGAAGAUGAAGAGGGCGGUGGUGAGGGAGAUUACAUUGAGUUUGAGGAUGAAGACAUUGACAAGAUCUAAAAUUUGCAGUUACAGUUGAUACCUCUGUUUUUCUUUCACAAUCAUAUUUAUAUUAUUAUGUGAGCGAAUAGAAGAGAGAGACCUUAUUAUGUGUUGUAAUCUUUUGUGCAUUGGCAUAUGUACAAAAUUUAUGCUUGGGCAGACUAACCGCAAUAAAUUUUUAUCUUAUGCAAAGUUAAUACCACUUGAUCUUUACUUCUUCGGCCUUGUGUUUCUAUCUCAUGAAUGAGUAAGUUGUAUCUUGUAUUGGCAUCCAGUUUUUUGUAAGUUGUAAAUUGUAAUUGCAAGGAUUCAAGACUGAAAUAGAAUCAAUCAGAAAACAAUUGUAUCUUGUAUUGGCAUCCAGUUUUUUUCUCAAAAUUACACUCCUUAAUCCUUAUUAGGUACUC